CUUCCUGGCGUCCCCUCCAAAGGCGGAAGGGCAGGGGGAAGAAACGCCGGGUCGCCUGUCCCACCAGCCGUCUGUCCGGCUGCUGGCCUCUCCCGGUGGGGCCUCCUCCGAGCCGCUGGCCAUGACGUCGGAGCGGCCACGGGAGCCCGGAGGCGAGGGCAUCAAGUUAUCAGCAGAUGUCAAACCGUUUGUUCCCAGAUUUGCUGGGCUAAACGUGGCGUGGUCAGAGUCCUCAGAAGCACGUGUCUUCCCUGGCUGCGCAGCCACAUACUAUCCAUUUGUUCAGGAACUGCCAGUGACUGAGCAGAAAACAAAUGCAGAAGAUACGGCCUUUGGAGCUUCAACUUUUCCACCGCAGUAUUUAUCUUCUGAUGUAACUAUUCAUCCAUUCACCUAUUCUCCUUAUACCUUUGAGUCUACACAAAAUGUUUGUUCAGUGCCUGGCUCCCAGUAUGAGUACAGCCAGCCUGGUUGUUACGAAGGUUUCCAGACGGUUACGCCCCAAAGUGAGCGCAUGUGCCCUCUCCCUCAAGAAGCUAAAGGUCUGCUUAAGAAAAAAACAUACAGUGAGCCAAAGUUUGACAAUAAAAGGGCUGAUGGAACUAUAUCAUCUGAUAUAAAAUCAGCUAAAGGUUCCCAUCUAUCCGUUCAUGCAGAAAAUAGCUUGAAAUCAGUUACAGACGUCUGUCAUAAACGAACAGACAGGAAGUCCAGAAUCACUGAGAAGAGCGGAUCCACCUCCAGACCUGAGUUUGAAUUUACCAGGUUGGACUUCCCUGAACUGCAGAGUCCAGAGAACAGUGGCAUAUUAGAGAUCCCAGAGCAACCCAAAUGGGGCCCUUUGCACUCUGCUGCAACCAGCGUUUCUCUGCUGAGAGAGAGAAAACCACCCGCAGUGUUAGCAGAGGGUGAAAUAGCGGUCAAAAGUAAAAAUCCAGCCGCAUCUGUGGCUGAUAGUGCCGCCAGCAGUUCCUCUUCCUGUACAAGAGAGUUAUCUUGGACACCAAUGGGUUAUGUUGUUCGACAGACAUUGUCUACAGAACAGUCACCAGCCCCUAAAAAUGUUACUUCCAUGAUAAACCUAAAGACAGUUGCUUCAUCAGCAAAUCCUAAAACCGUUAAUGUAGCAUCUUCUGAAGUGUUAUCUUCUGAUCCUUCCUCCAACAAAGAGAAGCAUACUGUUCAUCCUACUAAAAAGUCCAAAGUAUUACAAGGUGGCAACCCUGAGCAAAAUGAAGUCUCGAGAAAGAAUAAGAAAAAGAAAGAAAAAUCUAAACCAAAAUACGAAGUCCUGACAGUUCAAGAGCCACCAAGGAUUGAAGAUGCCGAAGAGUUUCCCAAUCUGGCAGUUGCUUCUGAAAGAAGAAACAGAGUAGAGUCAACAAAAUUUCAAUCUAAACAGCAGCAACAGAACAAUUUUAAAAGUAGUCGAAAGAAGAGUGAAAUCCCAGUUCAGCUGGAUUUGGGCGGAAUGCUCACAGCACUGGAGAAAAAGCAGCACUCCCAGAAUGCAAAGCAGUCCUCCAAACCCGUGGUGGUCUCAGUGGGUGCAGUGCCAGUCCUUUCCAGAGAAGCGACGUCAGGGAUGAAGAACCACCACUUGAACCAGGUGCUGACCCCUCACAACCCCUUAGACUCCAGUGCCCCGCUGAGGAAGAAGGGAAAGCAGAGAGAGGUGCCCAAGGCCAAGAAGCCAACCUCCCUGAAGAAGAUUAUUUUGAAGGAACGGCAGGAGAGGAAGCAGCAGCGUCUCCAAGAAAAUAUUGCAAGUGACGCUGUGCAAGACGUGGAGAGCAGUGGAGAUGACCAGUCCCUCCCGCAGGCUGACCCCUCAGCUCCAGGGGAAACAGAAGAAUCGGUCCCCUCCACUCUUGUAGAGGAAAGCGGGUCAGAAGAGCCGCUCAGAGCUGAGCCCCAAAGUGACAUAGAAGCCUGCCAUCUCGGUCUCGACUCUGCCAGCUUCCCAAAGAUCCACAGCCGGAGGUUCAGGGAUUACUGCAGCCAGAUGCUGAGUAAAGAAGUUGAUGCCUGUGUUACGGAUCUUUUGAAAGAGCUGGUACGUUUCCAAGACCGCAUGUACCAGAAGGACCCAGUCAAGGCCAAGACCAAACGCCGGCUCGUGUUGGGGCUGAGAGAAGUUCUCAAACACCUCAAGCUCAGAAAGCUGAAAUGCGUCAUCAUUUCUCCCAACUGUGAGAAGAUACAGUCCAAAGGUGGACUGGAUGACACUUUGCACACCAUUAUUGAUUAUGCCUGUGAGCAGAACAUUCCGUUUGUGUUUGCUCUCAACCGCAAAGCUCUGGGGCGCAGUCUGAACAAAGCCGUUCCUGUCAGUGUGGUGGGGAUAUUCAGCUACGACGGAGCCCAGGACCAGUUCCACAAGAUGGUCGAGCUGACGAUGGCAGCCCGGCAGGAGUACAAGACCAUGCUUGAAAGUGUGCGUCGAGAGCUGGCUGAGGAGCCAGGGGCACGCAGCCCACCCAGCCCGCCCCCGCAGGGCCCAAGCUGCUCUGCGGAGGAUGCACACCCAGCCUCCACCGAGAAGGAAGAGCCACAUUACAUUGAAAUCUGGAGAAAACAUCUGGAAGCAUAUAAUCGCUGUGCCCAGGAACUAGAAGAAACUUUAGGGGCUUCAACCUCUCAAAUGAUGAACUUGAAAUUAUAAAAUGGGAGCUCUUUUGUGUGUGUGUGUGUGUAUUUUGGGUAAGGGGAGGGGAGUUGAAAAAGACUGCGUCUUGUUCUUCUCUGACCUACUGUAUCAUGUUCAACUUUUCAACAUGGAAACCAGCCAGAGUGGAAGGGUGUGUCUGUAGACACUCAGCUCGCUGGGCACCACACCAUGAGUGCCAUCAGAGGGUCGCUGGCCCACAGAGUCAUUGGCUGACACCUUUUCUGAAAGCCUAGUGAUACAGCGUUGGCUUUCUGAGAACCCUGUGGAUUUGGAAGAUACUGGAAAACAUGGUGCUUAGACUACUUUGGCUGCUAAGGAAACUUCUCUCCAGUGCAGAAUAACUAAACCAAGCUAGUUAACUAGUUUUUUGGAGCCAAGUUGUGUUUACUGAGUGCCAGGUGACUCACUGGCUGGAGGUCGGAGGAGGUGCCAUCCCCAUCCUAACUUUCUUUCCACCUCCCAGUAAACGAUCACUGCUUUGCAGGAAACCUGCAUAAAGGCAGCUUCUAGUGAUGCUAACGUUAGAACGGGUGAAGGCUUUGUUUCUCAGGGGAUGUCUGUUUUCAAGUUGAAAGAUAGACACUUGGAGAACUUGCUAAAUGAGGCUCAGAAGGAAAAACUGUUUCCUAACCUGUGACUUUUUUCACAUGAAUUAUUCUGUUAUAGUCUUUAUUUUUCAAAGAAACAAUGCAUAUUGUUGAUGUUCCUAAAUUUCAGUUUUGAUAAUCCAAAACUCUUCUUUCUUUUUUUAAAUGAACAUAUUCUGAAUGUGGUUUCUAUCUUUGAGGCACGAGGGAUAGAAAUUUACUUUCAUAUUUUCCCUAUAAGUAAGAGAACUUACUUAUUUUGAAUAAAUAGUGAUUAAUUUCGCUUAAGACUGCUGAUCUUAGGCUUCUUGUUAUUGGUUGUUCCUAAGUCUCUGGUUGUCCAUUUUGGUAAUCUGGUCACUGUACUUAUAGAGGACCGAGGAGGGGAGAGGUUUGCUUUCCCGUAUUUCCUGUGUCUUGAAGUAGACACGGCUAAUGGCGCUACUUAAAGGCCUGCUGUGGACUCACCCUUGAUGGUUUUUCACCAGUUAACAGCAGAGGAGAAUUACACUGUUCUGCUUGUCCAGCAAGCAGGAUAAUUUUUUUGGCUUUGAAAAUACUGCUAAUUGAAACCAGUCAUGCUGAACAUUUUACUCCCUCUCUCUGAGAAGUAAGUGACCUGUGAGGAGCAAAUAAACUGGGAAUAAUGAGUCCGCAUGGCACACUGUGGACAGUGGAAUUGUAACAUCUGCUUCAGCCACGGAGAGCCUUUGUUUACCAUUGGCUUACCCCACAUCCUCACCAGGUGCUCUGGUCAUAACAUUACUUUCCUGACAAUAGAGGAGCUCCCACUUCGCGGCCACGCCGAGGGCACCUUAGUCACUCACGAUGGUGCCGCGUGGCGCACACGGGGAGCCAGGGCUCCCACAUUCAAAACCAGGCACCUUAGCACAAGCAGAGCGCUUUGCUUUUCUCAGCAGUGCAAGGAAUCAGAAAUGCAUCCCCAUACACUACACUCCUCAACCAGAACACCACAUGCCACGAUGCCUAGGUGUGUGUGUGUGUUGAACGCAAAUGUGCUCUGGCUAAAUCCUGACUUAAAGAUAAUUUGAUACAGAGAACAGCACUGAGGACAAGGGCUCAAAACUUGCGCCAAUUCACUCAGCAGCUGGUAGUGGUUGAAGCCACACCCCAAGCAAAAACCGCCGAGACAGAAGACGUUGAUAGAAGAACUCUGUGUUACAAGUGUGUGGUGGUUCUCUGAGGAAGACUGCCAUCCUUUGGCCGGGGGACAAGCAGGCACCUGGAAAGUGGUUAGCUCGCCCCACUCAAGGUGGGGUCCAGGGAGAGGUGAAUCCCAGGGUGUCUUGUACUUUUGAACGUGUCAUCAGAAUGCCCGGUCUUUGUGGAUCCUUGAUGUGACGGGUAGGAGAAUGUGUGCUGAUCUCCAAGAGUUACAAAACUCAGCCUGCCUGCUCCCAAAAGAACGGGGUCUAGAAAUAAGCCUGUGAUCAUAAAGCAGAGAAGACAUCCAUGAUUUGCUAGGAAUCGGAAGAGAACUGCAGCUUUAUUUUUAACAGACGUUUUGGUUUUUUGAUAGACCUAAAAAAUAUAAUUGCGCACACACACACGCAGGGACACAGUCUCGGCUUUAAUAGGAGACUCAAAAGCACGCACUUUCUAACCAGACUUGUGCCGUUGUGAAGAAGUGUAGAAUGGCACCAGAGGCGUAAAUUCACAGGCAUAAACCACAGCGCUUGUAAAACAGAACCAGACACACUGAGCAGUUAGUGAAGAAUAACAGAAUUUCAGAAUACUCAAGUUCACUCCCAGUUCAGACCUCGUCAUCACUUUUGAGGUUUAAGAGCAGAUAUUUUCACUUGGAGUCUGACAAUUUCCUACCCUGGCAGCGUACCUUAGAGUGAAGAGCCUACAUUGGGAAGUGGGAAGAGCAGCUGGCUCCAUUUAUAGUGAGUGAAAACUAAUCAAGAGUGGGCUGUGUGAACUUUUUCACUGGCUGUCCUGAGGGUAGCCCUUUCCUAAAAAACGAAAUUAUUCAGAUCCUAUAGGAAUGAUCCUUAAAGCCCAAUGAUGCUGUUUUGGGUAAAGAACAUUUUAAAACACGGGUUGCUGUUUUAAUGAGAGUUUUUUUCUCUUUGUAGCCUACUGACCUGCUUUUGCCAGAGAGACCCUUCUGUCAUGGUAAGCAGUUGAUUAAAAAAAAAAAGGGAUAACUGUCCACGUGAGUCCAUCUGGCUCCUGUUGCCAUGCCCAGCCUCCUGGGGAAACGGUUAUGCACAGACUUGGGGACGCGUUCAGAGCAGGAAGAGCUGGCACAGCAGAGGUGCGGGGCCUCGAGGGGACCAUGGCGGGCGGCGGGGUCGGCUUCAGAGUCUCAGGAGCUGCCUCCUUGUGGCUAGAAGGUAUCCUCGUCACAGCUUUCCUGAAAGAGCAACGUGGUCUUUGAUUUCUUAGCCAAACAGAUAAGAGCUUUUCUCCUACUCAAGCCAGUUCUCACGUAGCAGUCGGCUCCUAGUCACUAUCUUAGACAAGUUUCCCACGCGGGUGGGAAGGCGGACGUGCACACGGUCCUGCCGCUCCCCGUCCUGGUCUAUGGAGUAAGCCUCCGUGUGGCCCACGAUCCCAAGACGCUCCUCCCCUCUACCCACCGUCCUGUGCGGCAGGAAGACAUGGCCAGAGGGGAAUCCACACGUGCUCCAGCUCCCCUCUCCAAACUAAUUUUAAAGAUCGGUUAUAAAUGCCUCCUUCGCUGGGACCAACUCUAGAGGCUUUCGGUAGCCUUUUAGGCCAAAAACCUUUAAAACCUGGGGUUUGCACUUUUGCAAGCUCCCCCUGUAUUUGCAGCAUGUCAAUAAUAAACCUCGGGGAGG